AUGAAUAAUUCCUAUGAUAAGUCAAAUGUAGAAGGUUCAACAGUAAAUGAAGAUACUGAACAUAAAGAAAAUUUAUCAUAUAAAAUAAAUGAGGAAUUAUAUUAUUCAGGUGUUAAACAUAUCCAUAGCUCUAAUAUUGAUGAGAUUCAAAAUGAUGAUGGCAAUGUUGUGUUUCCAUGUGAUACUAAUCAUGCACAAAUAAAUUGUGAAAAAAUAAAUGAUAAUGGGAAUGUAGACUAUACGAAUGAAUAUAAUAUGAGUAAUGUAGAGAUGAAUGGAGGUAAUUAUAUGAAUAAAGAAAAUAUAAAUAUGGAAAAGAAAGUUUGUGGUGAGUAUGAAAAUGUGAAUAUUUUUCAUAAUGAUAAUCCUAUGAACAAUUCUGUUAAUAUUAUAGAAAAUGAAAAUAUAUUAUUAAGAAAUGAAUAUAAGGAAUGGAAAAAACCUCCUAACAAUAGGAUGAAUAAUAAUAUAGGUAAUAAUGGUGGUAGUACUACAAGUAGUCAUAAUAAUAAAAAGAAGAAAAAAAAUGUUACGUUUAGUGAUGAUAAUAUGUAUAAUAUAAGUUAUAGAGAUGUAAAUAACAAUUUGAUUAAUUAUUAUAUGGAUAUGAAUAAUACUAAUAAUUUAUUAAAUGAAAAUAAAUGUAUGACAAAUGUGAAUAAUGUGAAUAAUGUGAAUAAUGUGAAUAAUGUGAAUAAUGUGAAUAAUAUGAACAAUGUGAAUAAUGUGAAUAAUGUAAAUAAUGUGAAUAAUGUGAAUAAUGUGAAUAAUGUGAAUAAUAUACCUAAUGGAUAUUAUAACAAUGAAUUUAAAACAGGGAAUUAUCAAAUUGUCAUGAACCAUAUGAAUGAUCAUAUGAACUAUGUGAAUAACACAGAUAUAAAUGGUAAGGGAAGGUAUAAUAUAAUAAGCUUAAAACAAAACAACUCAAACAAUAAUGUAAAGAAGCUAAAUAAUAAUUAUAUUGAAUAUGAUAUAAACAAUAAUUCUGGCAUCUAUGAAGGUUGUGAGAAUAAUAACAUAUAUAAUAAUAAAAAUAAUUAUUUGAAUUCAUAUAUAGGAAAUAUAAACGAAGAUGAUAACAAUGGGAAUAAUAUAAAUAACAAUUUUGUUGUUAAAUAUUUAAAAGAUUUAGACAAAAUUUAUCAACUUAAAAAACAUAAUAAGAAAUUAGAUAACCACAAAAAUGUAAACAAUUAUUAUAAUAUGUUAGAUUUAUUAUAUAAUUCUUGUAAGAAAAAAAAAAAUUUAAAUGAUAAAAGAAUAAGGGCUCUAUUAUAUAUAUUCAAAUAUAUUAAAAAUUUAGAAAAAAAAAAAGAGCACAAUAAUGAAGACAUAUUUGAUAUAAAGACACUAAAAAGAUUAAACAAGCAGGUGGAUUUAUAUAUUGACUUGUUAGAAAAAAGGAAGUAUAAAGAAGAUAUGCAUAUAGAAUUAAAACAAGAAAAAAUGAACACAAACAGGAACAUGAACAAUAAUAAUGAUAAUAAUGAUGAUGAUUAUAAUGAUAAUAAUAAUAAUAAUAAUAAUAAUAAAAUGAAUUAUCGCAAAUUUAAACAUUUCACUGACUCAUAUGCACACAAUAAAUUUAUAAAUAAUAUUAUGAAGAAAAAAUGUGAUUUAUUUUUUAAAUCUAAUCGUAAUAAUAUUAAUGUUCAAUCUCCAGAACAAAAUUUCUAUUUCAAUCAUUCACUGAAAAAAGUUAAUUAUAUAAAUAAUUUGUUGGUGUAUAUACACUUUAUAGUAUUUAAAUAUAUCACGCUUUAUUCCAUAAAUGAAUGGAACGUCUUAUUGUUCAAGGAUAUUGAUGCUUAUAAUGUUUGUGGGAUUAAUAAGGAUCAAAGUUUAAAUAAGACAUCGGCGAGCAUAGUAUCACCUGACAAUAUGGGAGAUGUGAAUAAUGUAAUUGAGGAUGAUAAUAAAGGUGACCAUCCUAAUAAUAAUAAUAAUAAUAAUAACAACAACAACAACAACAACAACAGCAACAACAAUAACAAUCAUGUUAAUAAGGAUGAUACUAAUGGGGAGGGUGCUAUAAGUGCACAAAUAAAUGAUCAGAAUGGUUUAGCACAAAAUAAGAGCACAUGUGAAAUUCCCUUGAUGGGCAAUUUCCAUUUAGAUGAUUAUAAAAUAGAAAAGUUGAACCCUCUUAAUAUGAAUGAAAAUAAUACAAUAGAUAUAAAUUAUUAUGAAUAUGUAAUUGAACCGUUUGAUUUUUUAUUUUAUGACCAGGUUUAUAACGAGAUAUAUAAUUAUUUAGAAAUGUUAAAAAAUCAAAGUUUAUUUCAAAACGAUGAAAACAAUAAUAAUAAUAAUAAUAAUAAUAAUAACAACUUUAGUGGUUAUAAUAAUUGUGGUGAUGGUAAUUCUCAAUAUAUAAGACAGUUACCUUUUCAGUAUUACGAAUUUAUGGAAAUUUUAACAAAAGAAGUUAUAAAUGUACGUGAUUUAAUUUAUCGUAAUAAAUAUGUAAGAUAUCUUUUUUAUUACAUUUAUAGAAACAAUAAAAAUAAUUUACUAGAAGGUAUAAACAAAAUAUUUUUUUUAGAAAAGAAUAAAGUGUUAUUAUAUAAAAUACAAACAAAAUUAAGAUACAACAUUUUUGUGACGCGCUUUUUAGAAAACAAUGGUUUGUCUACAACAAAUGAAGAGGAAAAAGAAAAGCAAAAAAAAAUCAGCUUUGUAGAAGCAAAGAAUAAAUUAUUUGACAGUAUGUUUAAUGAAUAUAAUAUAUAUUAUAAUGAGUAUAUGAAAAAUGUUGAAAAAUAUAAUUUGGUUAAAAAGAAUGUUUUUAAUAUUGAGGAAAAAAAAUUUACCUAUAUAAAAAAAAAAAUUAAUAUAUAUUCGGAUUAUUUUGAACAUAUGAAAAAAAAGUUGGCUGUAGAAAAUUAUAUUCCACAUGAACGUUUUGAGGAAAAGAUUGAUGAGCACCAAAUUGGAAUGAAUAAUGAUAAUAAUGAUGAUAAUGAUGAUAAUGAUAAUGAUGAUAAUAAUAAUAAUGAUAAUAAUAAUGAUAAUAAUAAUAAUAAUAAUAAUGAUAAUAAUGAUGAUAAUGAUGAUAAUAAUAAUAAUGAUAAUAAUGAUGAUAAUAAUAAUAAUGAUAAUAAUGAUGAUAAUAAUAAUAAUGAUGUGUUUAAAAAUAUUAAUUUGGUAGAAUAUGAGAAAGAAAAAAUUGAAUUUGAUGUACCCUUCAAUUAUGUCGAAUUUUUAUACGAUAGGAAUUAUGCGUUAAUUAUAAAUAGUGAAAAAAACAAUUCUAGAAAAUUAAAAGCUGCAUAUAUAGUAAAUAAGAAUUUAAAAAAUAAAGAAAAUAUUUUAAUAAUAACAUCUAUAUUAAAUAUAAUGAAAUGGAAAAGUUUGUUUUUUACAUUUAGUAAUAUAACAAUAUAUAAAAAUGAAGAAAAUAUAAUUGAGAAUAAGGUAGAACAUAGAAAUAAUAAUUUAAUUAUAUGUAUAGAUUUUUUGCCUAAAACUUUGAAUGUUACAUGUGAUAUUAUUAUAUUAGAUAUGUGUCAUUUUAAUAUAAUAAAUCAAAUUAGUAUAUUGAAUGAAUUGUGUUUUUUAAAUUAUAAAAAAAAAAUAUUAAUAUUUAAUAAUAUAUGUGAUAAUUGGAAUUUUAUAUCGUCCUUAUUUUUGUUAAAUAAUCCAUUUUUUAAUAAAUGUUUUUUUGAUAAUAUCCAGAUGAAUUAUAGUGAAGAUGAUAAGAAAAGUAUAAAUAAUAUGAUGUUAGAUUUUAUUUUUCAUUUUUGUAUUUUGAAUAAACAAAAGAAUGUAUUUUUAAUAAAAGAUCAAAUAAAAGAACAAAAUAUAAAUCUUAAUAUAAAAGAUGAUGAACAAUAUGAUAUUUGUAAAAAUAAUGAUAAUAAUAAUGAUGAUAAAUUAUUACAAUUAAAUAAUGAAAAAGAAAUAAAAAAAAAGGCAAAUUUGUUUUUUAUAUUAACAUAUAUGAGUGGUGUACAAAAAUGUAUAUAUGAUCAUGCUGAUGAAAAACAUAAAAGAGAUACAUGUAUACAUCCAUUAUUAUUGUUAAAUGAAGACUUAUUUUUACUAAAAGAUUUUAAUAUUUCAGAAAAAUUUGAAAUAUUAAAAAAUAUUAUAAAAAAAUGUAUCUUAAUAAAAAAGAAAAUUGUCAUAUGUUAUUCUGGAGAUGAAAAAAUAUUGAAACUUAUAAAAAUAUUAUUACAUUUAUAUGGAUUAAAUGAUUUUAAUGCAAUUACAUAUUUUACAUUACCUAACAAUAAUCAAGAACAAAAAGAAAAUUCAAAUAAUCUAGAUAUAUAUGAUGUAUCCAUAAUAAUUAAUGAUCAUAUAUCCUUCUUAAAAUAUUUCAAAAAUGUAGAUAUAACAUGUUAUUUUUUAAUAUCCACAUUUACCAAGGAAGAAGAUGAAUUAUUACAAUUAUAUGGUCAUGAAAUGAAAGAAUUAUAUUUUUAUAAAAAAAAAAAACAAGAAAUAAUGAAAUCAAAUAAAUCACAUAGAGAUUCCUUUUAUAGAUAUUAUUUAAAUAAUCUUAUAUCUGAUACUGAUGAACAAUUCUUAAUGUUUAAUAUUAUUGAUCAAAAGGAAAAAAUAUAUUGUAAUGUUAAUUACAACGAGAUGGUCUUACCUACAUGUUUUGUUUCCUCUAUUUCGGACCCCCACCAGGCCACUCAAUAUUCCGAACACUGGAAGGAUAUAAAGGAUGCUCAUAACUUCUGGAACUUUAACACGUUUAGUAAAAACAAAAUAAAUUUUUACUUGAACAGAAAAAAUACAAUAUAUGAUAAAUAUGAAAAUGUGGUAAGUCCAAUAUCGGAGGAAUCAAUAGCACCGCCACAGAUUUAUUAUUAUUUGGAAAAUCCCAUGAAGGAGAGAAAUGUUUUCAAUGGUUGCAUAUCCGUAGCAUUAGAAGACAUAAUCCAAGAAUUGAAUAGAAAAAAGGAACUUAACGAUUUCGAUGAAAUGAAAAAAAAUGUUUUAUUAAAUAUACAGCAGAAAGCUAAUAAAAAACAUUUCACUUCUGUUCGUAAAGUCGAAAAAAUUUUAUCCAAAUUUUUAGAAGAAAAUAAAAGUAAAUCCUUUGAUCAGUUUUUAAAGGGUUGUGAAGCAUACGGACAGAUUAUAAGCAAGUGCAAAGAAAAAUUAUUUGUUACCUUCAACAAAACAUACAACGUCCAAUUUAAAAACUUUGAAGAUUUCUGGUGUGAUGAUGAAAAGAAAAGAAAAGAAAAGUGGAAAAAAUUAUGGGAUAUGAAUGAAAAAAAUGAAUAUGAGAAGGAAAGCAAUUUAUUGUUCAAUGUGUGUAAUGAAAAAAGUGAUUUAACUGAUUUUUCUAAGAGUAGUAGUUUUGAUAAAUCAAAAGGUGAUGCAAAUUUAAACGAAAAGAAAAAUUUUAGAAUAAGAUUAUCAUCACAAUUAUUAGAAGAAAAAGAUCUGGAUCAAUUAUAUCAUGGAAACAAAAAAGUAUGUUUGUUAAAUGAUUCUACUGAAAAAGAUAAAAAGACAUGUUUAUACAAUGAAAGAAAAGAGGAAUGA